UUUUGGUGUUUUUAUUAUUAUUAUCGGAUAAUAUUAAUAACGUUUUUUACAAAUUAGUGAUAAAAAGGUAUAACAUGCAUAAUUACUAGAAUAUGAUAAAAUAAAAUUGGACCGAUAAUUCUAAGUAAUUAUACAUAACAUCACAGGAAUAACCCAAGAGGUGGAGAUUUUGGGGUUAUAUUUAUUUUCGGUAUAAACAAUGGCUGGUGGAUUUACCGAAGCUGCUUUUAUAAAAAAGUUAUCUGAAUUGAACAACUCCUCCCAAAGCAUUCAAACUCUGUCUCUAUGGUUAAUUCAUCAUCGAAAGCAUUUUGCCACAGUUGUGAAGAUUUGGUUAAAAGAGCUGCUUAAAGCUAAAGACAACCGAAAACUUUUAUUUAUGUACCUUGCCAAUGAUGUAAUACAAAACAGUAGAAAAAAGGGACCAGAAUAUGGAAAGGAAUUUGGACAAAACUUAAAAAGGGCCUUUGAAGAAAUGGCAAAUUGUGAUGAGAGAACAAAAAGUUCUCUCGAGAGGAUUUUGACAAUUUGGCAAGAUCGUGGCAUAUACGAAGCAGUGCAAAUAGCUGAGUUCAAACUGCCAAUGGUAAAACAAAAUGACGAACCUCAAACAAAAAAAAUGAAACACAAUGAAACAAUCAAAAAGGUAAAGACAUUGACAAAAGAAAGGAAAAAAUCAGAGGUUGUUGAUGAAAAAUCUGACACACAAAUAAAUAUGAGCCCUCAACCUGGUGAUUCAAAUGACCCCCCAGAAUCUGAGGAAUUAAUAAAGGCUAUAUUAGAUUUAGAAAAUAAUAUUGCAUCAUCUGAUGAAAAUGUUAGAGAAAGAAUUGCUCAGUUGCCCAGAGAAGUCUCUGAAGUGUCACAAAUUUCAAAGCUAGAAGACAAAGAAGCAGCUCAAAAACUGGAAGUUCAGGUUAGAGAUGCUGUAUUCCUAUUAAAUGAAUAUAAUGUAAGACUGAAAGAAGAAAUGGAACACAGGAAGAAAGUUGCAUCCAUGAUAAGAGAAUAUUUGCAUGCUCAAGAAGAAUUAUUAACCCAGGCUGAACAGAACUUAGAAGAAUAUCAAGAAAAACUAAUGAAAGUGUAUAAUGUCAGGAGAGAACUACAAAACCACAUACAAAAUCUACCGGAUCUAACGCAGCUACCGAAUGUUGUAGAUGGACUGGCACCUCUACCAUCUGCUGAGAAUUUAUUUAUGCCAUAAUUAUUUAAAGGUAUCCUUGUUAGUUUGAUCUUUACAUAUAUAUUGACUACUUGAUUUAUUAUAAGGGGUUUCUGAGAUCUGUGUAUUUUUUUAAUGUACAAUAUUAAAAUCUGCAGACUCAAAAUAAAUAAGUAUACAAGUUAUAUACUUUUCUGACAAUUUAUAAAGUGCAGUAUAGAUUAUUCAGAGCUUUUCUUGUCUGCAGAUACAUACCACAAAUGUUUCAUGUCAAUAAUUAUUGUCAAGCAUGAACACAGUUAAUGUUAGGUUGUUGUAUAUGAUAAAAAAUUAUAUUUGAGACAUUUAUCAUGUGGUGGUUAGUGUUUAAACAUAUUGGCACAAAUAUCCCAGCUUAUGUUAGUAAUUAGUGUUUCUUUAAAAAUAUAAUAGUAUUUUGAUUUUGAAUUCUUCACUUAACAGACUAUAUCUUCAAUUUGACUAUUGCCCCCUGAAUCAAUUUAUUUUUUAAAAUAUAAAUAGAAUACAUCUUUAUUAUAUAAUAGCAGCUUAAAUAUUUUCUGAUUGCACUUUAUAAACACGUAGUAAUGAAUACAAAAGUUAAAAUGUUUUAGUGGUUAAUAUAUUUCUAUUUAAAAAUAUUGAUACAGUUAUGAAAUAAUUGGAUAUCUCCUAAAUAAAAAUGAAACGCUUAUUCUUGUGAUGAAAUUACCUUUAUUACAAGUGUUUAAAUGUCUCUAAAAUAAUUAUAAUUAUUUUUUUUUUUUUAAAUUAUGCCUUCACAAAUCCCAGUUUCCUCGUUUCAGUUAUCUCAUGUUCUGUUUUUAAUUUUAAUGUAUGUCUUAAAUGGACAUUUGGAAUUAUUAUUUAAUUUUAUUUUAAAAAUGAUUUUUGUUGUUUAUUUAAAUAAAUUGUUGACUGUCAA